AUGAGGUUGGAGUUGAAGUUGGAGCUGGAGUUGGAGUUAUAUUUUAAGAGUUAUAUAUUAAAGAAAGAGUUAUAUAGUUGGAGCUACACUGUUGGUGCUACACAGUUGGAACUACAUAGGUGGAGCUUAGAGUGGAGCUUAGGGUGGAGCUUGUUUGUGCUUAGGGUUAGGGUUAAGGUUGAAGUUGAGUUGAAGUUGAAAUUGAUGCCAAUGCCGACUCCUACGCCGACGCUGACGUUGUAUAAGUGUUGUUGA